AUGUCUGCGAUCUACUUUGCAAAUAUAACUGAUGAAGAACUGACUCAGUUCGAGCAAAUGUCUCCAGUAACUGGAAGCGACUUUUCCUACCCUAACCCACUGUUGGGAACGCAAUUUCAGAGGAGAACUAGUCCAUUCUCUUGCUUCUUUUUUUGCAAGCAAGGUCGAAUAAACAAAAGUGAACCAAACAGAUCACUUCAAAAGAAAAGUUAG